AUGGUCUCGUUCACUUCUAUCCUCCUCGCGGCGUCCAGCGCCAUCACCAGCGUGCUGGCGGCACCGACUGACCUCGCCGCACGAGGACCUUCUGCACUGGCUGCCCGCACCACCAGCUCCACCGGUACCAGCGGCGGCUAUUACUACUCUUUCUGGACCGACCACGACAACUCUGUCACUUACACAAACGGCAACGCUGGACAGUUCUCGGUGUCCUGGAACGGCGAUGGCAACUUUGUUGGUGGCAAAGGUUGGAGCACUGGCAGCGCACGUGCGAUCAAAUACUCGGGCACGUACAGCCCCAACGGCAACAGUUACCUGGCUGUCUACGGAUGGACCAAGGACCCCUUGAUCGAAUACUACAUCGUCGAGUCGUUCGGCACCUACAACCCCUCGACCGGCGCCACCAAGAAGGGCACGGUGACCAGCGACGGCGCCACUUAUGAUAUCUACACCAACACCCGGACGAACGCUCCGUCCAUCAUUGGCACCGCGACUUUCACACAGUUCUGGUCCGUGCGCCAGUCGAAGCGCAGCUCCGGCACCGUCACCACGGCGAACCACUUCAACGCCUGGGCCAAGCUGGGCAUGAAGCUCGGCAACCACAACUACCAGAUCAUGGCCGUCGAGGGCUACUACAGCAGCGGCUCGGCCUCCAUCACUGUCUCUUAG